CAUAUAUAAGGAUGGCAAUGGACUGUGGUGAGUAUACAGACAGCAAGUGUCAGACUAAGUGUAGCUAAUCAGUUCAGCCAAUUAAGCAAGAUGUACACGAAACUCGCUCUCUUCACCCUCUUAGUCGCCGUGGCCGUGGCAGUGCCAACACCAGGAGGCUUCGGUGGACACAAGCACGUAACCAUCCAUGUACCAUACAAAGUGCGCACCAUCCACCAUCAUCAUGUCUCCAAAGUACCGGUGCCAAUCCACGUGCCUGUGGUAAAGGAAGUGCCUGUGAUCAAGGAAGUGCCUAUCUACAAGCACGUACCAGUCCCAGUGAUCCAGCACGUACCAUACCCGGUGAUCAAGAAGGAAAUCAUAGAGAAGGAGGUGAUUGUGCCUGUCCAUCAUCAUGAAGAGCACAUCUCCCACGGAUGGGAGGGCGAGUCGUUGUCGCAUGGCUGGAACUGAACGUCUCUGUUAAUUAAGAAAUUAGUCUAAGGUAAUAUUAAGAUCCCUCAAAUCAUCGUCAUUGUAAAUACAAACAGUAUUACUUAUAUACGGAAGUGUGUAUGUAUGUGGAUUAUGAAACCGUUUCAUUCAAUUUUGAUUUUAAAAAUAGUUUGUUUGAUCUAUUAUAGAUUGUAUUAUCUUGUCCGUGUUCUUUUUAAGUUUUGAAUUGUUCGUAGUAAAAUUGAUACUAUAUUUUAGAAACAUGUAUAAUAAUUUUGAUCUUGGGCAUUUUUGGCUUACCGCCCGUUAGCAUUACGACGAAGACAAGUCGUAUUUGGAACAACUUUUUUUUAAAUUUUUAUUUCAAAUUUCAUUAUAUACUAUUUAAAAAGUUCUACGCCUACAACUUUAUAAAAAAGGUACUGUGAGGAAAUAACUCGUUGACGCUAUUUGAUAAUUAUUGUAAUGAUGUUGGAUACAUGUACCUUGCUUAACACAUUUGUAUAUACAGUAACCAAAGAAAAUAAACGAUGAAUAUUUUUUAA